AUGUCGGAGUCAGAGCAAAAGGAGCUCAACCAGAGAGUUGUUGUUCUCCCAUCAGUUGUCCUGGAGCCGAUUCUCGCAAAACUGGACUUGAUAGACAUAAUCGAUCUGUCCUUGAAGUUCCCACACAUCCACAUCACUGCGAAGUUGCUCAAAAUUCAAGCAAACCUCAAAUGGCUGGUGAGAGCACCUGGCCAUUACGCCAUCAACAUUCUCCCUGACAUCCCAAACACGGAAAAGAUUGUCUUCCGGCUCUCUCCUCCCGAAAGAAACAAUGAGGACAGAAUUGGAUUUCUGGCGACCAAAUUCUACCGUCGUCAACGUGUUUUCUUCAUCGCAUGUGGAGAAUCCCAGGCUGAGAAACAUGAAAUGCUUAAAAAUCUCAGCUAUUUCCUCAUUCGGCUUUUCAAGAUCAGGGAGUUCAACUUCGAUUCAAACAUCCAUUUUGGUUUCAUUGGGAGUUAUAUGAGCAGAUUCAAUCUGUUCAAACUGGUUUGCCCAGAACUGACCGUCGAGGAGGUCGACAUUCUGAUGGAGAAGAAAAACAUUGAACACCUACAACUGGAUACAACUGUGAUAUCUCUGGAACCAGUAAAGAUUUCACUUAAAUAUUCAUUUGUGGAUCUACCCACCAGUGGCUGGAUUGCUCCAGAAUCGCUCUUGGAGAUGAGCUGCACAAAUCUUCGCAUUGGAAAAGAGGCUCCAUACAAUUUGAGGAAGCCAGACAACUACUUCAUCAUCAGUCCAGAAGGACUUGCUGCUUGCAUAAAUGCCUGGGCUAAUGGUGGAUUAGAACAAACGAAAACUAUGUCUAUGAAUUGCCAGGAAGGAUGUAAAAGAAAAUAUCGAAACGAAUUAUUCAAGUUGGAAUCAAUCAACGUUGUGGUAGACAACACGUACGCAGAUGUUUACCAAUUCAGAAGACAAGACGGAAGAAUGGUCACUGUCAACUUCCAAAGCGGGAAAGGCGAUAGAGUGAUGCUCACAUUCCAAUAG